AUGAAGCAAGUUUUGAUGGACAUUAACCUGCGUCUGAUACUUGUCAGUGGAAAAACAAAAGAGUUCCUGUUCAGUCCUAGUGAUUCUGCUGGCGAUAUUGCCCAGCAUGUUUUUGACAAUUGGCCAGAGGAUUGGUGCCAAGAGGCUGUAUCAAAGGCUGAAAUACUCAGACUCAUUUAUCAGGGUCGGUUCCUUCACAGUAACGUAACCUUAGGUGCUCUAGGACUGCCAUUUGGGAAGACCACGGUGAUGCAUUUGGUUCCAAGGGAGACUCUUCCAGAGCCUAACUCUCAAGAUCAACGACAGAAAAGCAAAGGCGGUAACAGCAGUUGCUGUUCGGCUUCCUGCUGUAUUUUGUAAAAAAAAAUACGUCUCUGUUUCACACAAGAAGACUAUAGAGUAGAUGGAGGAUAUAGGACGAGAGUAAGGAGCAGAAUCCUCAGAAAUAUGUGUAAUUUUAACGUUUAAUUUUUACUCGAUGCGGUUAAGAAACUAUAACCAAAAAGUUUUUAAGUAAAGUUGUGAUAUAUCAGUGUAUAAAUUUCGAUACUCAAUGUGCCAGACUAAGAGUGUGUGAUCAAAUGAACAUCGCAUUCAAAUUGUUAUAUUUUUUGUGAAAUUAUAUAUAGUUGUAUAUUGUUUUACAUUUUAGAGACCUGUAGUAUUUUAUUGUUUCACCAUUACUCAUUCACAAAUUGUAAAUUAUACAUUUUGACAUUGUAUUAGCUGCGUCUGCUUUAGUAACAUUAGUAAUGUAAAAAUAAUUAAGUGUCUAAUUGAUGCUAUUUAUAAAUUUUAGUGACUAUUCAUUUAAUAUGUGCAAUUGAUAGAAACAUGAAAAUUUGUUUAAGUCACGUCUGUGUAUUAAAAUAAAAAGAUACAAUGGUAAUAUUUAAUUCCGUUAUACCCAUUUUUUUUUCGCCAUAUUAUUAAAUCUAGUUAUCACAAUUGACAAUCAAAAGUUUUUCGUUCCAUAAUUUUCUUUUUAACGGCCCAAAUAUAACUAAUAAAUAGUAGCUGUUCAAUAAAUUUAUACUAAUCUUAAAAAAAUUAUAUUCUUAAUACUGAUGAUUAAGGCUGUCAGAACUGAGCCGCGGGAUAUAGGCGUACGCAUUAUUUAUUGAAAAGCAACAAAUUAAAUUGUCUAAUAUACCAUCAUAAACAUCAGCGGAUAGGAAUUAAUUACGAACAUCCGCACGAUAACAAAGGCAACAGCAUACUAAUGUGACGUGAACGUGAAAAGCAUUCUGAGGCAGCGGCUCACGCAUGUCUCUGUUGGCCCGCUUGGUACGCCUUUGAAUUGCGGCUCUCUGUGCCAGCACUAUUGAUGAUUGUUCAUGUUACACUGAAAUAAUCAUUAUAUAAAAGUACUCUAUACAUAAUUUAACGUUCAGGUGCACAACUCUUUUUUUUUUUCAUUAAAUAUAGUAUUAUAUGUUUUGAUGACCCAUAACAAGUAAUUUGGAGAUAAAAUUUAGACAAUUAAUAAAUUUCAAGAGCAAAAAAAACUAAAAGUGGUCAAAAGGGUUUAAUAGUUUCAAUCAGUGCCUUUUAUUGUAGUUCUCAUAUCACUGAUCCAUACAACAUCUUAAAUCUAAUUGCCUAGAUAUUAGCGACAUAGAUGCCACUCAUCGCAAUUUUUAGAUUCCAUUAAAAAUGAUAUUUGAUUUGAGUUUCUGACAUUUUCUGGAUUUAAAAUAUUCUCGAAAAAAUAUUUUUAUUUUUAUUGUUAUUAUUUCCCCAAUAUUCUCUGGCGUAAUCUUUCCGAGUUCCCUUCCUAUGGAUGGGUCAACGCUAAAGUCCAUCAUGUUUUUGAUUCACAAAAUAUUGUACUAUAUUCCAUCUAUUGAAUGAAUUGAAUGACUGUUUUUCAGUGGCGGCUCGUGACAUAGAGAAUAGGUGAAGCAUAUUCAUUGAUUGACCAAAAAGAAAAAAAAUUUCAAGGUCAAACGGCUUUAAAUGAAUCUGAAAAUUUUUAGUUGCAUUUGCAAAAUUACCUAAAAACUGACGUUCACGAGAAGGAUUUUCAUUUAGAUUUUAUAAAAAAUAGAAAAAUCCUUUUUGUCCUCAAUUUUCCAUCUGGAAAAGGGCGUUUCCAACAAAAUACAUGCUGGAUCAUGCAUAGGAAACAUUUCUACAAUUAUUGAUACAAAACAAAUAUUAACAAAGAACUGUUAUAAUCGUACACUGGGCGACGUAUCGUAUAAAUUGUUUAAGGCAGGCGAGAUGGGCGAUGGCCAUGCUUCAAUUUCCGCGUCACUCGUUCCGUCACUCUAUAGUUUACUCACGUGUUGGCCGCCUCGAUGCCAUGACAACCUCCGUAAACAACGAUGUGAAGCGGAAUACAAACUGAUUUCGAUCCGUGUCACUAGCUUAUGCUAUACGUUGUAUGUGCGAAGUUGAUGCUCGCGCUCAACGAAGGCAAUUUUUUUUUAGAAAGCGUUCACCGCGCAACUAUUCUGUUUAUUUCUGCGAAUA